GCCGGACUUUAGUGUCUAGUGAAACGUUGAAGUUGACGCUUCGGUGCGCGUCUUUUGUAGCUGAAAGCAAGAGCGAGAGACAAAGAAAGAGCGAGAGAGAGAGAGAAAGAGACAGAUUAAAGGCACAAUGGUGUGGUUUAGCAAGAAGAAAUCAACGGAUGAGGCACGAAGCAACGAUCAGGCGCUGGCGUUGCAGGAUCCGCGUACCCGGGUGCAUACAACCAGUGCCGCAACCUCAACGACAAAUACGGCCGUGCAGAAUUCGACGAUAAUUGAUAACAAUAAGAAUACCGUUACCUACAUGUCCACACGUCAGACGGUGACGCAUACCCAGCAGGCCCGUGUGACGGAAAUGACAACGCGACGCACACCAAGUCAAAAAGAGUUGGACGAGCUGUUUGCCCAGAUGGCCAUGAAUGGCGGUGGCACCACUAAAACCACCAGCACCACCACAAGCUCCAAGCGCACAAGUCCAUCGAGUCUUUAUGGUGUCGCACUGCGAUCGACGCCUUCGUUCAAGGCCAGCUCGGAGGCGAGACGUUCCAGCACCUUGGUGAAAACGGAGCAGGUGUCAGUGUCACAGAAGCAGGGACGCAGUGUUACCCAGCAUGUGGAGACACAGCGCGUGGUGUUUAAUCCACCAGGCACCAGCAAGCCCACCUGGCCACCAGCACCUAAUCCAACAACAACAAAAUCAGCCUCAAGUACUUCGCUGACACUGAAGCCCCUUGAUCGAAGCUAUGUCUCGCCAUAUGGCAAUAAGUCAGCCAGUGUGUCCAGUAAUUCCAUAUUCACAAAACCAACGCUAUCCACGCCCAAAACCACGGUAACUUCAAGUAUUUGGCCAACGGCUUCCACGCCCAAAACCACUGUCAAUUCCAGUGUCAGGCCAACGCUUUCCACACCCAAAACCACUGUAACCAGCAGUAUUUGGACGCCCAAAACCACUGUCAACUCCAGUGUAAAGCCGACGCUUGCCACGUCUAAGGUGACCACGCCGAAACCCUUUAUCAGUCUCAAUCCGAGUCAAGGAGCGGUACCGAAGCGAUCUUCUAUCUCCUCAGUCAGCUCCAGGGAUGCACAGGGUGAGCUGAAACCUUCAUCGCUAAUCACCCGAUCCACUUUGUCGAGUGUAAGCAAGAAGAAGCUAAAGCCGGCCGAGGUUGUCAUCUUCAAUCAUGAGAAAUUCGAUAAUCAAAAUGAAUUUCGGGUGGGCAGUGCUGAGGAUGUCAAGGCAUUGGAAAAGACCUUCAAGGCACUCAAAUGCAAUGUGAAAAUCAUUCCAAAUGCAACCUUGGAUGAGGUUCGAAGCAAUGUGCGCAAAUUGGAGCAAAAGAACUUUUCUGAUCGUUCGGCAUUGGUUCUCGUUAUGCUGAGUCAUGGACAACGCUAUGAUACCUUGGCCGCUAGAGAUGGUGAUUAUAAGCUCGAUGACGAUAUCAUCUUUCCCAUUGUGCGCAAUCGUACACUUCAAGACAAACCAAAGAUACUAUUUGUUCAGGCCUGCAAAGGAUCCAGAGAAAUUGGAGCAUUCAAGACGGACUCAGCACAGCCCCAUGGAGUUCCGAGUGAGAUUCUCAAGUGUUAUAGCACCUAUGAGGGUUAUGUCUCCUAUCGUCACGACGAUGGAACACCCUUUAUAAGGAGUCUCUGCGAUACGCUCAAAGCGAAGCCACACGUUGACAUUGCAACGAUCAUGGAGGAAGUACGUUGUCUGGUCAAAACUUAUACCCAGGAUGCCCAAAUACCAACUGUGACCACAACACUGACCACAAAAUACGUAUUCGGCGAUUAUACAUAAACUGCCUUUAGUAGGAACAUAUUUAUCCUGAGUUUGCCUUGUGAUUGUCAGCAUUAUAAUAUUUGGCUGUACGUUAGACCCAAUAAGCGAUAGAGACUGCAAAUCUAAUAAUAUAUAUAUAUUUAGUCAUAUUAUAAACUGAAGACAUACGAUGAUCUGCUCAUAAUUCACAAUUAAUUUGUAAGUUAUAUAUUAAUAAAGAUCAAUUAUAAAUCGGUUUCUAAAACUGAUACCGAAACUAUAGAAAAGAUAAAAACCUAUCUGUGUUUGUUCGCAUCACAGAUAACAUUUUAUCAAUUCUAUAAUUUCGAAUCUAUUAAUUUAGGCCUCUUCGUAAUCUUCUUCUUCAUAGAUGGAGUUGACAUCUCGAUAAUAGGAAUAUGCGACAACAUAAAAGUAACUACUUGUGGCUGUAAUAAAACAAAAGAUAACA